ACCCCACGCGGAAGUCGCCCCCCAGCCGCACCCUCACACCCGGGAUCCACCCCCUCCCCAGCUGCACUCGCUUCCCCAGUGGUACCCCCACACCCCAGAUCCAUCCCCUCCCCAGCUGCACCCCCUCCCCAGCGGCACCCCCACACCCCAGAUCCACCCCCUCCCCAGCGGUACCCCCACUCGCCGGAUCCACCCGCUCCCCAGCUGCACCCUCUCCCCAGCGGCACCCCCACACCCCAGAUCCACCCCCUCCCCAGCUGCACCCCCCCCUCCCCAGCUGCAUCCCCACACCCCGGAUCCACGCCCUGCCAGCGUCACCUCCCCACCAGCCGUGCUUCUCCAGAAGGCAGCGCUGCCCCACCCCCGCCGCGCUGGGUCUGGCUCCUCUUGACCUGCUUGGAGCCGCCCCAUCUGGCUGCUGUUCUGAGUUCUGGGACAGCCACGUGAGGGCUGUUUACAGAGGGAAGGAAGUGGAUCCUAGCAGACGACAGAGGCUUCUCAAAAGUCAGCUUCUCUUCCUGGAGAACAGACUUUUUCAGCAGGAUUUUCCUUUCAGUGAAACAUAAUUUGACUUGAAAAGGAACCCACGGAAAAGUGUCCUGGUCCAUGGAGGAAGAGAAAGAUGACAGCCCAGAGGCUGACUUCUGCCUGGGCACCACCCUGCACUUUUGGGGGCUGUGGUUUACGGAGGAAGGUUCACCGUCCACCAUGCUGACGGGGAUUGCGGUUGGAGCCCUCCUGGCCCUGGCCUUGGUUGGUGUCCUCAUCCUUUUCAUGUUCAGAAGGCUUAGCCGAUUUCGACAAGCACAGCCCACUCCACAGUACCGGUUCCGGAAAAGAGACAAAGUGAUGUUUUAUGGCCGGAAGAUCAUGAGGAAGGUGACCACGCUCCCCAACACCCUUGUGGAGAACACUGCCCUGCCCCGGCAGCGGGCCAGGAAGAGGACCAAGGUGCUGUCUUUGGCCAAGAGGAUUCUGCGUUUCAAGAAGGAAUACCCGGCCCUGCAGCCCAAGGAGCCCCCGCCCUCCCUGCUGGAGGCCGACCUCACGGAGUUUGACGUGAAGGAUUCUCACCUGCCAUCGGAAGUUCUGUACAUGCUGAAAAACGUUCGGGUCCUGGGCCACUUUGAGAAGCCGCUGUUCCUGGAGCUUUGCAAACACAUCGUCUUUGUGCAGCUGCAGGAAGGGGAGCACGUCUUCCAGCCCAGGGAGCCUGACCCCAGCAUCUGUGUGGUGCAGGACGGGCGGCUGGAGGUCUGCAUCCAGGACGCUGACGGCACCGAGGUGGUGGUGAAAGAGGUUCUGGCGGGAGACAGCGUCCACAGCCUGCUCAGCAUCCUGGACGUCAUCACCGGCCACGCUGCACCUUACAAAACGGUCUCCGUCCGCGCGGCCGUCCCGUCCACCAUCCUCCGGCUUCCAGCUGCGGCUUUUCACGGAGUUUUUGAGAAAUAUCCGGAAACUCUGGUGAGGGUGGUGCAGAUCAUCAUGGUGCGGCUGCAGAGGGUGACCUUUCUGGCUCUGCACAACUACCUGGGCCUGACCACAGAGCUCUUCAACCCUGAGAGCCAGGCCAUCCCUCUCGUGUCUGUAGCCAGUGUGGCUGCCGGGAAGGCCAAGAAGCAGGUGUUCUAUGGCGAAGAAGAGCGGCUUAAAAAGCCACCGCGGCUCCAGGAGUCCUGUGACUCAGGUCACGGGGGCGGCCGCCCAGCAGCUCCUGGGCCCAUGCUGAAGAGGAGCCACUCCGUCCCCGCGCCUUCCGUUCGCAAAGGGAUCUUGGACGAGCUGGAGAAGCCCGGGGCAGGUGACUCUGACCCUUCAGCCCCACAAGGGGGCCCAGGCAGUGCCACUUCCGACCUGGGGAUGGCAUGUGACCGUGCCAGGGUCUUCUUGCACUCGGACGAGCACCCCGGGAGCUCCAUGGCCAGCAAGUCCAGGAAAAGCGUGAUGGUUGCAGAGAUGCCCUCCACGGUCUCCCACCACUCAGAGAGUGACGUGGACGAGACCCUGGCCGGCGGGAAGUCAGAUGCCAUCUUCAGAGCUGCCAAGAAGGACCUGCUCACCCUGAUGAAGCUGGAAGACCCAUCUCUGUUGGAUGGCCGGGAGGCACUUCUGCAUGUUCCUGCAGGCACAGUGGUGUCAAGGCAGGGAGACCAGGACACCAGCAUCCUGUUCGUGGUCUUGGGGCUGCUGCACGUGUACCAGCGGAAGAUUGGCAGCCAGGAAGACACCUGCCUGUUCCUCACACGCCCCGGGGAGAUGGUGGGCCAGCUGGCCGUGCUCACGGGGGAACCUCUCAUCUUCACCAUCAAGGCCAACAGGGACUGCAGCUUCCUGUCCAUCUCCAAGGCCCACUUCUACGAGAUCAUGCGGAAGCAGCCGACCGUCGUCCUGGGCGUGGCGCACACUGUGGUGAAGAGGAUGUCAUCCUUCGUGCGGCAAAUCGACUUCGCCCUGGACUGGGUGGAGGUGGAGGCCGGGCGAGCAAUAUACAGGCAGGGGGACAAGUCCGACUGCACGUACAUCAUGCUCAGCGGCCGGCUGCGCUCUGUGAUCCAGAAGGACGAUGGGAAGAAGCGCCUGGCCGGGGAGUACGGCCGAGGAGACCUCGUCGGUGUGGUGGAGACGCUGACCCACCAGGCCUGGGUGACCACGGUGCAUGCUGUUCGGGACUCAGAACUGGCCAAGCUGCCAGCAGGAGCCCUCACGUCCAUCAAGCGCAGGUACCCACAGGUGGUGACUCGGCUGAUUCAUCUCUUGGGUGAGAAGAUCCUGGGCAGCCUCCAGCAGGGACCUGUGACAGGCCACCAGCUUGGGCUCCCCACAGAGGGCAGCAAGUGGGACUCGGGGAACCCGGCUGUCAACCUGUCCACGGUGGCAGUGAUGCCCGUGUCAGAGGAAGUGCCCCUCACCGCCUUUGCCCUGGAGCUGGAGCACGCCCUCAGCGCCAUCGGCCCGACCCUGCUGCUGACCAGUGACAACAUAAAACAGUGCCUCGGCUCUGCUGCCCUGGACAGUGUCCACGAGUACCGGCUGUCCGUCUGGCUGGGGCAGCAGGAGGACACCCACAGGAUCGUGCUCUACCAGGCAGACGGCACGCUCACACCCUGGACCCAGCGCUGCGUGCGCCAGGCCGACUGCAUCCUCAUCGUGGGCCUGGGUGACCAGGAGCCCACGGUGGGCGAGCUGGAGCGGAUGCUGGAGAGCACAGCUGUGCGUGCCCAGAAGCAGCUGAUCCUGCUGCACAGGGAGGAGGGCCCGGUGCCAGCCCGCGCCGUGGAGUGGCUCAACAUGCGGAGCUGGUGCUCCGGCCACCUGCACCUCUGCUGCCCGCGCCGCGUCUUCUCCAGGAGGAGCCUGCCCAAGCUGGUGGAGAUGUACAAGCGUGUCUUCCAGCGGCCCCCGGACCGACAUUCAGACUUCUCCCGCCUGGCGAGGGUGCUGACGGGCAAUGCCAUUGCCCUGGUGCUUGGGGGAGGGGGAGCAAGAGGCUGUGCCCAGGUGGGUGUUCUCAAGGCCUUGGCGGAGUGCGGCAUCCCUGUGGACAUGGUGGGAGGCACGUCCAUCAGGGCCUUCAUGGGUGCCCUGUACUCUGAGGAGCGGAACUACAGCCAGAUGCGGAUCCGGGCCAAGCAGUGGGCCGAGGGCAUGAUGUCCAUGAUGAAGGCCGCACUGGACCUCACCCACCCCAUCACAUCCAUGUUCUCCGGAGCCGGCUUCAACAGCAGCAUCUGCAGCGUCUUCAAGGACCGGCAGAUUGAGGACCUGUGGAUUCCCUAUUUCGCCAUUACCACCACCAUCACAGCCUCGGCCCUGCGGGUCCACACCGACGGCUCCCUGUGGCGGUACGUGCGUGCCAGCAUGUCUCUGUCCGGUUACAUGCCCCCUCUCUGUGACCCCAAGGACGGACACCUGCUGAUGGAUGGGGGCUAUAUCAACAACCUCCCAGCGGAUGUGGCCCGGUCCAUGGGGGCAAAAGUGGUGAUCGCCAUCGACGUGGGCAGCCGAGAUGAGACGGACCUCACCAACUAUGGGGAUGCGCUGUCUGGGUGGUGGCUGCUGUGGAAACGCUGGAACCCCUUGGCCACGAAAGUCAAGGUGUUGAACAUGGCAGAGAUUCAGACGCGCCUGGCCUACGUGUGCUGCGUGCGGCAGCUGGAGGUGGUGAAGAGCAGUGACUACUGCGAGUACCUGCGCCCCCCCAUCGACAGCUACGGCACCCUGGACUUCGGCAAGUUCAACGAGAUCUGUGAAGUGGGGUACCAGCACGGGCGCACGGUGUUUGACAUCUGGGGCCGCAGCGGCGUGCUGGAGAAGAUGCUGCGCGACCAGCAGGGGCCGAGCAAGAGGCCGGCGAGUGCGGUCCUCACCUGUCCCAACGCCUCCUUCACGGACCUUGCCGAAAUUGUGUCUCGCAUUGAGCCCGCCAAGCCCGCCAUGGUGGAUGACGAAUCUGACUACCAGACGGAGUACGAGGAGGAGCUGCUGGACGUCCCCAGGGAUGCAUACGCAGACUUCCAGAGCACCUCGGCCCAGCGGGGCUCAGACUCGGAGAACGAGUCCUCGCUGCGGCAUCGACACCCCAGCCUGGCUUUCCCAAAACUGUCCGAGGGCUCCUCUGACCAGGACGGGUAGAGGCCUCUGCUAAAGAGCCCGGAUGCAGCGUCUUCCGUGGGACUGUCCCCAAGGCUGAGGCUCCUGCCAAGUCCUAGGGGCCUCUGUACCUGCCCUGCUGGAAGCCCUGACUUCCCGGGGGCCCCAGGCUGUGUUAGGUUUCUCUGGGCCUCUUCUUGUCCUGGCAGCCCUGCACACUGGGCCCUGUGAGCCCCCCCGCAGUCCUGUGAGGCCCCUGCAGCCCUGUGAGGCCCCCCCGCAGCCCUGUGAGCCCCCCUGCAGCCCUGUGAACCCCCUGCAGCCCUGUGAGCACCCCUGCAGCCCUGUGAACCCUCUGCAGCCCUGUGAGCCCCCCUGCAGCCCUGUGAACCCCCUGCAGCCCUCUGAGGCCCCCCGAAGCCCUAUGAAUCACCUGCUGCCCUGUGAGGUGUGGGAGCCCUGAUGCUGCCGUGUGAUGUUUCAAUAAAGGUGGAUCUGACUGUU